GCAUUAGGGUCCCACACACCGAACAAGAUAAUCCUAAAUUCUUAAUAGUCUAAUACGUACACUUUACACUCAUGUAUACACACAGAUAAUCUGUAUGUAUAUGCGCUUGCUUCUAUAUUUAUCUUUAUAUUAUUGAAAUAUGCUAGCGAUCGAUCCUCUACGACCGUUAAUUAACAUUCAAUUUCACGUAAAUUCGACCUCAAAUCUCAGAUAUAUUCACAAUUACACCUUGAUUCGACAUCGAAUCACUCAAUUUAAUGAGAAACCUAUUAGUUUCUUGUCUUGUGCCAGAAUUAAUCCGUACGGACAAUCUAGGGUUCCGAAAAAUUCGCACAAAUUGGAUCUCCUGGCUUUGUUUUUGAAGAAUCAGAGUACUAGAAUUCGAGCCAAAAGUAAGAAUUCACACGAGACUGACUCGUCUACGGAGCAGAAGGAGAAGAAUAGCUCGGAAACGAAGAAGACUCCUAGUUCGGGUCAUGGGUCGGGUUCGGGUUCUAAGAAGGGGGGAUGGUGGGGGAAAAGUGGGAAGUGGCGGUGGCAACCGAUAAUUCAAGCUCAAGAGAUAGGGAUAUUGUUGUUACAAUUAGGGAUUGUGAUUUUUGUUAUGCGGUUACUUAGGCCGGGGAUUCCGUUACCUGGUUCAGACCCGAGGCCUUCAACGACGUUGAUUAGUGUUCCGUAUAGUGAUUUUCUAAGUAAGGUGAAUGGGAAUUGUGUGAAGAAAGUUGAGGUUGAUGGUGUGCAUAUUAUGUUUAAGUUGAAGGAUGUUGUUGAGAGUGGGAAUGAGGAGGAUGUGGUGGAGAGUGGGAGUAAGUUGGCGGAGUCGGAGUUGUUGUUGAGGAGUGUGACGCCUACGAAGAGAGUUGUGUAUACGACGACUAGGCCGAAUGAUAUUAAGACUCCGUAUGAGAAGAUGGUUGAGAAUGAGGUUGAGUUUGGUUCGCCUGAUAAGAGGUCGGGUGGGUUCUUGAAUUCUGCUUUGAUUUCUUUAUUCUAUGUUGCUGUGCUGGCUGGCCUUCUACAACGGUUCCCUUUUAGUUGGUCUCAGCAUACAACUGGUCAGCUAAGAAAUCGGAAGUCUGGGAGCUCUAACAUAGCUAAAGAAACUGAACAUGGGGAAAGUGUUACGUUUGCUGAUGUUGCUGGUGUUGAUGAAGCCAAGGAAGAGCUUGAAGAGAUCGUGGAAUUUUUAAAGAAUCCGGAGAGAUAUAUUCGAGUUGGUGCUCGUCCUCCACGCGGUGUUCUCCUGGUGGGACUUCCUGGGACAGGUAAGACUCUUUUAGCGAAGGCUGUAGCGGGCGAAGCUGAUGUUCCAUUUAUAAGUUGUUCUGCAAGUGAAUUCGUCGAAUUGUAUGUUGGCAUGGGAGCAUCCCGUGUGCGAGACCUUUUCGCCCGGGCAAAGAAGGAGGCUCCAUCUAUUAUUUUUAUAGAUGAGAUAGAUGCUGUGGCUAAGAGUCGUGAUGGCAAGUUUCGGAUUGUCAGCAAUGACGAGAGAGAGCAAACUCUGAACCAGUUACUUACUGAGAUGGAUGGUUUUGACAGCAACUCAGCUGUUAUUGUUCUCGGAGCAACUAACCGCUCAGAUGUUUUGGACCCCGCACUUCGCCGUCCAGGAAGAUUUGAUCGUGUUGUUAUGGUUGAGACGCCUGAUAAAAUUGGAAGAGAAGCCAUUUUAAAUGUACAUGUUUCCAAGAAGGAGCUUCCACUUGGAGAGGAUGUUGAUCUAGUUAAUAUAGCUUCUAUGACCACUGGCUUUACUGGGGCAGACCUUGCAAAUCUAGUGAAUGAAGCUGCUUUGUUAGCAGGAAGACAGAAUAAAACUGUUGUGGAGAAAAUUGAUUUCAUUCAUGCCGUGGAGCGAGCAAUAGCUGUAACUUUUCUCUCUUUUGUGUUCCCUGCUAUGGCUUCGGUGAAUACUGCUUUGACAUCUUUUGUUUGUAAGAGUGGAGUCCAUUCCGCUUCCUCAAAGUUGCCAAAUACUGCUUUUUUGCCUGGAUUUGAUGUAAGUGGAAAUGCUGCUAGCACUUGGAAGAAGGAAAACUACAUCCCUUCCUUCUCAGGACCUAGAGCUACAUUGACCUUCGAUCCUUCUUCAACCAAUAAGGAAAAGACAACUAAGCACAGGAAGCACACUGUUGAUCCUGCAGCCCCUGAUUUCCUUCCUCUUCCAGCAUUUGACCAGUGUUUUCCAAGGAGCACUAAAGAAUAUACGGAAGUUACUCAUGAAGAAACUGGUCAUGUGCUUAAAGUUCCAUUCAGACGUAUACAUUUGGCAGGAGAUGAACCUCAUUUUGAUACCUAUGAUACAAGUGGUCCCCAAGACAUAAGCCCCAGGAUUGGUCUUCCCAAGUUGCGGAAGGAAUGGAUUGACAGGCGGGAGAAGUUAGGUUUACCAAGAUUUACACAAAUGUUCUAUGCUAAGAAAGGGAUUAUAACAGAGGAAAUGGUGUACUGUGCUGCACGUGAGAAGCUUGAUCCAGAGUUUGUAAGGGCAGAGGUUGCCCGUGGCCGUGCUAUCAUUCCUUCCAACAAGAAGCAUCUAGAAUUGGAGCCGAUGAUAGUCGGAAGGAACUUCUUGGUUAAGGUGAAUGCGAAUAUUGGAAAUUCGGCUGUUGUGAGUUCCAUUGAGGAAGAAGUCCAGAAGCUUCAGUGGGCCACAAUGUGGGGUGCUGACACUAUUAUGGAUCUCUCUACAGGACGUCACAUCCAUGAAACUCGUGAGUGGAUUUUACGUAAUUCAGCUGUUCCAGUAGGCACCGUUCCCAUCUAUCAAGCACUUGAAAAGGUAGAUGGAAUUGCAGAAAAUCUGAACUGGGAAGUUUUCAGAGAGACUUUGAUUGAGCAGGCUGAACAAGGUGUAGAUUAUUUUACCAUCCAUGCAGGAGUCUUGCUUCGCUACAUCCCACUAACUGCGAAACGAAUGACUGGAAUUGUUUCUCGAGGGGGAUCUAUCCAUGCAAAGUGGUGUUUAACUUAUCACAAGGAAAAUUUUGCCUAUGAGCACUGGGAUGACAUACUGGAUAUCUGCAAUCAGUAUGAUAUAGCAUUGUCCAUAGGUGAUGGCCUGCGACCAGGGUCGAUAUACGAUGCCAAUGACACUGCUCAGUUCGCAGAGCUCUUAACUCAAGGAGAAUUGACACGUAGAGCUUGGGAAAAAGAUGUUCAGGUGAUGAAUGAAGGGCCUGGACAUAUUCCAAUGCACAAGAUUCCAGAGAACAUGCAAAAACAGCUGGAAUGGUGUAAUGAAGCGCCCUUCUACACCCUUGGACCUUUGACCACUGAUAUUGCUCCUGGUUAUGAUCACAUCACAUCAGCCAUAGGUGCUGCCAACAUAGGCGCCCUUGGUACAGCGCUUCUCUGUUAUGUCACUCCAAAAGAGCACCUUGGUUUGCCUAAUAGGGAUGAUGUCAAAACUGGGGUCAUAUCAUAUAAGAUUGCUGCUCAUGCUGCUGAUUUAGCAAAAGGUCAUCCACAUGCUCAAGCCUGGGAUGAUGCACUUAGCAAGGCCAGAUUUGAGUUCCGUUGGCUGGAUCAGUUUGCAUUGUCAUUGGACCCAAUGACUGCCACAUCCUUCCAUGAUGAAACCUUGCCAUCAGAUGGUGCAAAAGUGGCACAUUUCUGCUCUAUGUGUGGGCCAAAGUUCUGCUCCAUGAAGAUCACAGAAGAUGUUCGCAAGUAUGCGGAGGAGCAUGGUUAUGGAAGUGCGGAAGAAGCCGUUCAACAGGGGAUGGAUGCUAUGAGUGCUGAAUUUCUGGCAGCAAAAAAAACUGUGAGUGGUGAACAGCAUGGCGAAUCUGGUGGAGAAAUCUACCUGCCGGCAGACUACAUCAAUUCGGCAAAGAAGUGAAGGACUACCUUGUGACGAAUAAAACUGGUCUGGAACUUUAUGAAGCGUAAAUUUGUGGGCUACACAGCUGUUGGUUCAGAUCAUUGUUUUCAUGCUUUGGGUUAGUUCAUAGUAGUUAUCUGGUGAAUAUUGAGACAAAAACAAAUGUUCCUUGAUCUAGAAUUUGGCAAUAAUACAGCAAAAACUUCUUGCA